CCGCAGAAGCAGAGCCUACAACCCCCCCUGCCCCUGGUCCCGUGGCUGGGUUUCUUUCUGGUGAUGCGUGUGCUUGGCGUGAAUCGCCGGAGGAUUAAGAACAGUACUAUCGUGAUUUGUAAACGCCGGAGGAGUAAACGUUCAUUUCUAUGCCCCUCCGCAUCAUAUCUCACAUUCAUCACCCUUUCACUGCCUACUCUCCUCCCCUCCCCUCAACUCCAAGCAAUUGAAGCAAACCCUAACGACCUCUACGCCAUUGUAACCAUCUCUUUUGAAGACUUUUCCUCGCGUCGCGUCAAUUGAAGCUCUGUUCGCUACGUCCCAAGGCACUCUGAGACAGAAUGGAUAAGAGCGAUGUAGAUAUGGAUGAUGUUGAGAAAGAACCACGAGAUUCGGUGACUGAUGGCCGAGAUUCGGAGACCAAUCUGGUUGAUGCGAAAGUGGAACGCAAACAGGAAGAAUUGUUGCCUGAUCCACAUGCCACGGAAGACCAAAACCCCUGUGAAGAAAGGACAGAUGAUCAAAACAAUGUCAAAAAAGGAACGGAGGGCCAAAGCCCUCCCAAAAAGGGCGUGGAGGACCAAUACUGUAGUGAAAAUGCUGAAGAGGAGAAAAACACUAGUGAAAAUGGGGUACUGCCGGUGGAUGACGUGCCUGCGAGCGGGAAAGAAGAAUUGGUUGAUGAUCUAAAAGUGUCUGAUAAUAAAACCACUGCUGUGGUUGUUGCUACUGAUGGUGUUGAGGAAACUCCGGAAGAAGAAGUGCCUGAACAUAAUUUACCUAAAGAAGAGAUCCCCAAUAGUAAAAAUGAAGGUGAUGAUACUCCUCUUGCCAGCCAGCAUGAACUGUCUACACCCAAUUUCCUUGUGAGGUGUUCAACUGCCAAAGCUGAAGCUCCUAGUGCAGACACAUUCAAGAAUGGGGUGUUUGAGGAUGAUGAUGGGACACCAGAGGAUCAAGCAGCCUUCAUGAAGGAGUUGGAAUGUUUCUACAGGGAGAGGUCCAUGGAAUUUAAACCCCCCAGGUUUUAUGGGCAUCCACUCAAUUGUUUGAAGCUUUGGAGAGCUGUAAUUAGAUUGGGUGGCUAUGAUCGGGUGACUGGAUCCAAGUUGUGGCGGCUAGUAGGAGAAUCUUUUCAUCCCCCAAAGACCUGCACAACUGUUUCUUGGACAUUCCGCAUUUUCUAUGAGAAGGCACUUUUGGAAUACGAGAGACAUAAAAGUCAAAGUGGUGAGCUCCAACUCCCUAUUGCAGCCUUACCCGAGUCUUCAGUUGUUGAAAAUGAGGCACUUUUGGAAUACGAGAGACAUAAAAGUCAAAGUGGUGAGCUCCAACUCCCUAUUGCAGCCUUACCCGAGUCUUCAGUUGUUGAAAAUGAGGCAAAUGGUUACCAGGCUCCAGGAUCAGGUAGGGCACGAAGGGAUGCUGCAGCUCGUGCUAUGCAGGGUUGGCAUGCUCAGCGUCUAAUUGGUUUUGGCGAGGACAAGAAUCUGAAUCAGAUGCCAAAGCGUGAAAAAAAUCUCAAAAGCAUUGGUUCACUUAAACACAAGAGGCCCAGUGAAGUGGAGCACACAGUUAAAGCUGCACGAACAGAAACAUCUAAGCAACUGGUCGCAUCUGUUGUUGAUGUUGGCCCCCCUGCUGAUUGGGUGAAAAUCAAUGUGCGCCAAACAAAAGAUUGUUUUGAGGUUUAUGCUCUAGUUCCAGGGCUUUUGCGUGAGGAGGUACGCGUUCAAUCGGAUCCUGCUGGACGCCUGGUUAUAACAGGCCAACCUGAGCAGCUUGACAAUCCAUGGGGUAUCACUGCGUUUAAAAAGGUAGUCAGCUUACCUGCAAGAAUUGAUCCACUGCAGACAUCUGCCGUUGUUAGCUUGCAUGGUAGACUCUUUGUUCGUGUCCCAUUUGAGCAGUCAAAUAUAUAGAGUGGAACUUCAACCUUGAGCAAAGAAAAUGAACACUCAGUGGUGGUGAUUGGAUCAUGAAGCUCAAAAUUUGAGCAAAGCCAACGUUCCUUAAUCAGUAGAAAAUGCCUAACGUCCUUUAUGCUGAGCUUUGCUGUCGUAUUGUGCAUGUCUGCAUUUAAAUAUUAGGUUUAGAGGUCCUUUGUACGCGAAGUUUGAGUUAGGUAGUGAGGAGGCUUUUUCGGCUUAGGUCUCCCUCAAUAGCUUUUGUGGCUACAUUGCUUGACGAAUUAGUUUACAUAUCGACUCGUUACUCUAUGGCAACAGGAAAUUAUUAAUUUGCUAUGCUGUUCCAUCUGUUUGGGUCCUGAGACUAACGAGUUGGGCUACUUAAUGACAGCAAAUCAUUGCUUUUUGUGCUUCCAGUGGAACUUUA